UGCUGACAUGGCGGGCUGUGGAAUGGCCUGCCCGGAGCCUCGCCUCAGGCCGGCUUGAAUCCCGGGCGCGGAAGUGGCUCAGGAGGAGAUGCCUGGGCUGCUCCCAGCUUCCCAGGGGUAGCCAUGGAGGACCCACAUCAGGUGCUGCUGGCGGGAGCGUGCCUGUUGCUGCUUCUCUGCCAGCCUGCUCUGCUGGAUGAGCCCUCGCCAAGGAUCUGGCCAUCGCAGUUAAACCUAUCCAUGGGAGAAACAGCUGUUUUCACCUGCAACACCUCGAAUGUACUUACCUCGCAGUAUCACCUUAAUUGGUACAAGAUGGACAGUCGGGGCCAGCCAGAGAGACUGGAAAGCAGUAAAAACACCAGGAAGUACAACAUAACCAGACUGAAUUCAGGGACGUUCAAGAUGCAGAUCCGGAACGUGCAGAAGAAUGACAGCGGGACCUACUCCUGCACUCUCCUGGCCUUCUCCUUAAACGAAACACUAAAGGAAAGCAACAAAGCCAACCUUACGGUGACAGAAAAGCCUAACCCUGAGCCAAGACCUACAGAAGAGGAAAGGAGAAAGGAGGAGGAGGAGGAGGAGGAGGAGGAAGAGGAAAAGCCUGAAAGUGGACACCCCAACCACAGCACCCUUCUUGUUGCGAUCGGAGGAGCCGGGCUGGUUGUGCUGCUCGUGUCUGUGUGUUUCUUUCUCGCCACUGUCCUCAGGAAAAGGAAAGGACAGAAGAGGUCACAGGAUGAAAAUGCUCCCUUGGAAGAAGAGCCGCCCGGAGUGACCGUCUUCACGGUGGAUUACGGGGUGCUGCAGUUCCAGGCGCCGGGGACGGCGAAAAAGGCUCCCCCUGCCAAGCGCACUGCUUCUGAGCAGACCGAGUACGCCACCAUCGUCUUCCCUCCGGAGAAGCCCGGCCCGGCCGAGGCGGACAAGGCAGCCAGGCGCAGUCCGAGGGCAUGCCCCGGCAGCCGGCCUCCACGCUGAAGGGACGGGUGAGCGCAGCCGCGGCCCCGCCUGGCGUCUCCCGCUCUCACGGAUCCCGGGGUGGCACCGCAAGCACCGGCGGUGUGGCGGUGAAUCAUCUGAGGACCCAGACGUGUCUGGGCAUCCAGACUUGCUGGCAAACCACAUCCUUUGAGCCGCAGAAGCCUUCCUUCACAGCACAGGCGCCUGGAGCCAGGCCCUGGCAGAGACAGCCGAGUGCGGGUGCUCAGGGGCACGGCGUCCUUCCGGCUGAAGCUGGGGUGCAGGGCUGAGCGGCGCCCCCGAAGUGGCCCUGAGCUGUGAGGCUGGGCUCCCUCCGGGGCCUUGUGCCUGGCAUACCGUCUGUCGCUGGCUCACCUGGAGCCCUUCCUGGCCAGGACACAACAGGCUCGGAAGUCCACUGACCCUGCGGCCACUUAGGUUGGCUUGAGAGCCUGGGGGACUGCGGCCCACCCCCUCGCUUGCGCUGGGAUCUCUGCCCCUGCAAAACGCACCUGCCCCACUUCUGAUGGCGGGGAGCCGGGGGCGGCGUAUCGAGCUGGUGCGGUGGAGCCACAUUGGCCGAGCUGCACGGUCCGCGCGCCAUGCCUCCUGGGGCUGAUUCCCCAGAAGAACCUACUUGCCUGGCUCAAGGACUUGGGGCACGAUGGGGAAGGACAGGGGGUGAGAAAGGGGCCGGGGGAGCUGCCGGGCAGACCAUCCACGCCCAUGUGCCACAGUGGCUGCAUCCUUCCAGCGGCAUCGCAAGCAGGCGGGUUCUGCUUUUCGCUUCUCUGGGCUCCUGGGAGUGGGGAUGGUGAGAAACAGGUCGGGUUUGCAUCCCAGUGGGAACCCGCUGCCCCUGCACCUUCUUAAUGGAAAUGCAAACCUCAGUUUACUGGAAGCGUCCAUGCGAUGCUGACGCUUGCAGUGCGGUUCGCAGAAAGGGGGCGAAGUGCCCCUCGAUCUCGGUACAGGCCCAAAAUGCAUGCAAGAGGGGCACACAUUUAACAGCAAAAAAGCCUCACAAAACUGUGUCUGUCUGAAAAAAGCCCGCACAAAAACUGCUUUGAUCUUUCACAGUUGUACAGUCCAAGCACAAAUAUUUUUGUGGUUUGCAAAGCUGCAAUUAUUAUUCAUUGAAAAAGCACUCAGGGGAAGAACCUGCACACGUAGUGGAAAAAUGUGCGCUUGAAAACCAAACAAAAAAAAGCCCACCUGUGUGUUUUUCAAAAACACACCAUAAAAAAGAUUUUGCGGCUUGAGGCAGAAACAGGAGGGAAUGAAGUUAAAAAAAGAAACAAACAAGCGAGAAGAGAAUCUGUGCCCAGCUGAGAUUUACUGAUUUCCUGGCCAGUAGUUCAGUAGUUCAAAGAAAGUUGAACUAUUUUGGCCUUAGUUUCUUAUGUGUAGAGAAGUGAGGAGGGUAUUCAGAAAAAAGAGGAUUUACCCCUUCCGCCUACCACAGAUCACCCCCCACCCCUGCUCACUACUCUGCUUGUGAAAUUCCACGCACAAUUAAUACAGUGUAUGACUCUGUUCAGAUGCUCUUUUCUCCUGAAGAGGAAUGGGUGCAAACCCGCAGGCAAGGAGGCCCUUCCUGAGCACGGCACUCAGUCUAGCCUGGGGGUCCCUCCAGAAGGAAACCCUCCGGCGCUGCACCAGAUCGACCAGGAUCUGUGGCGUGCAGGCAAACAUUCCCGUCCGUGCAGAGCCAUUUUGGGAGUGGAUCUGCUUGCUGCUGCCUAUUUCUGUUGUGGUAUUUUAUUGUGCAUUUUUGAAUGGAAUGUUUCUUUCUGGAUCUGUCUGCAAAAUGUUGCAUAUGGUAUCACUGCCUGAAAUUCCUUCAGUAAAUCAUGGGAGAACCGUG